UAUCUACUAUAGCUGUCGCAAUUUAUCCGGAGUCUACAGUAAAUAAUAUAAGUCCUAAAAAAGAAGCAAACGUGAUAUACAGUUCUAGGAGAAUGCAGUCCUCAUCAGAAGCUUGUGCGUGCAAAAGCGGAGAAAAAUGUGACUGCUUGACCCAUCAACGAUCGAAAAGAUAUACUUUGAGAGGACUGGGCCUGUCAAAGGAAAUCGUCAAGUACGUUUGCUUCGUGGAUAAGUAUAAAAUAAAUGAAACGGAGAUCGUGAAAAGAGGAUGUGCUAUCAAGGAAGCAGACGAAAAAACUUUGUGCACUAAUUUGGGCUUCGGAGGUGACUGUAAGAUCUGCGAUACCCAUCAGUGCAACGGUGCUGCCAUCAUACGAGCAUCCAUCCUUUUAAUGUUUAGUCUGUACUUCAUUUGAUACUUUUUUUUAUUGUGCGCUGCUGUUACAAUAAAUGCUAUUUAUUUAUUUCA